CUUGACCUCACGCUAGAUUUAAAUCGCUACUGAUGUGGGCCUGAGGCUUAAUGUUAGAUUUCAUUUCAAGGCGUUCGGUUAUUUUAAUAAUGUCAUCUGAACCGGACGAAUUUACUUAUGACAAACUACUUGCUUUUGCAUCGAGGUACAACAGACGCUUACAACAGGAUAAACUUAGUCGACUACCAUUUUUGGACAGCGCAACCGGAAUAGCUCAAAGACCGUGCUUACUUUACCGCAACCAAAGAGAAAGAGAGGGAGGCUACCUAACUCAAGUGUAUCGAUAUCGUUCCCACAGAUGGAAGAAAAGCAAACGAACUGGUCAACUCCCUUCUUUCCUGUAUCAUGGCGAUUUGUUAAAUGGGGUUGCUAAAGUUGACCGUCCCAAUAUUGUCUCAGGAUUAGAUUCGUGUUCUAAGGAUGCGGAUGAUGAUAGUCGUAGUACUUGGGCUGCCUGCCCAGAAUACGAUAUGGAUUCUGAUGCAAGUGAUUUCGCAGAUGAGAAUUUCGGAGUUCGCAGACGUCGAAAAAAAGGUCGGACUCCACGCAUCAGCAGAUCUAACCAUUCUGGACCUGGUCGGCGACGUUCCAAUUAUACUGCAUUCGAUGAUGACUCGAAUGAACGCCAGACAUCUUUACCAGUAUUUUUGUGUGAAUUUUGUGGCGUAAAAUACAGAUCUAGAGCCGGGCUAAACUACCACAUUAAUUCACAGCAUUCGGAGACACCGCGAAUGAGCUGUGCACGACCAGCUUUCAUGUCUCCUUAUCGAGGAGCCGACGGACAUCAUCACAACCUCCAUCAUCAUCAUCAACAACAACAACAUCAACCUCAUAGUCAAGCCAAUCAUUUGCUCAAUGGAUCAUUAAAUAAUUCAGGAAAUAUCAGUAAUUACACUUCUGGUUCUCAUUCCACUUCUGUAACUAACAAGAAUAGUAGUAAUAAUAAUCUUUGUUCCUCUGUAAAUGGUUCAGUUGCUCCUACACGUGUUCGCCCUUCAGUUAAUGAACAAGAUGGUAGCUUAAUUAUUGAAGCUCAAGAAUGGCGGGAUAUGAAUAAUACAGGUUCAUCAGAACAUACUUGUGACUUUUGCCUUGGUGAUGAAAGUUUGAAUAAAAAGACUGGGCGACCAGAAGAUAUGUUAAGAUGUUCAGACUGUGGACGUUUUGCACAUUUUUCUUGUUUACAGUUUACACCAAAUAUGAUAACUUCUGUACAUACUUACCGGUGGCAGUGUAUUGAAUGUAAAACAUGUUGGCUUUGUGGCACUUCAGAAAAUGAUGAACAAAUGCUUUUUUGUGACGAUUGUGAUCGUGGUUAUCAUAUGUACUGUUUAAAUCCACCUUUGUCCGAGCCACCAGAAGGUAGUUGGAGUUGUAAACUAUGCGUAGAUCGAUUUCAAGCAUCAGCUGCUUCUUUUUCUACCUCUCUUGGUAACGUUAAUUCAACAAAAAAAUCAGACUCUUGUAUUGGUAGAUUAAAUAAUAGUAAUAAUAAUAAUAAUAAUAAUAAUAAUAAUAAUCAUAAUAGUAUUAGUAAUAAUAAUAAACAUGAUACAAACAUUUGUGAAUCAAAAUUGAAUGUGCCUUGUUCAACUGUGGUUAGUAAUGCUGUACCUGUUUUUCAACCAACAACUUCAUUGACACCAUCAUCAUCAAUAUCAUCGUCUUCUUCUACUUCUUCUUCUUCUUCGACACUGUUUCAACCGUCUACACAUCUUCAAAAAAUAUUAAUCAAUCAUGUCUAUCCAACUGUUUCAUAAUAUGAAUGACACUGUGUGUGUGUGUGUGUGUAUGAGUAUAUGAGUGAGAGUGUGUAUAUCUCUAUAAUUUCCAAGACAUUAUUAUUGUUAUGAUUAAUAUAAUGGAC